CACUGAGGCUGCACAGUCGCUGAAGGGUUAAGGUUUUUGGAGGAGGUACUUCUGGGAACAGGCAGCCAUCACGUUUCUGCUCCUCUGAAACUUAACUGCGUACUAACACUGAAGUCAGGCUCGUUUCCACACAGGCUCGAUUCUUCAACAACAAACACAACCAGGAAAGAUGUCUGUCUCCUUGACCAAAGGUGAGGGGGUCACUGUGUUCACUUUGACCUUUGACCCCCAAAGUCCCUGUCCGCCACUGUGCCAAAUCCUGAAGUCCCUCUGUUACAGCCCAGCUUGCUGCAGUGUGUCCGAGCACCUGAGGACGAUUCAGAGAAUGUCAGUACUUGGGGCUCUGCACAUUAUGGUUGGUUUGCUCAACAUUGGCCUCGGAGUGAUUCUCCUUAACAGUGGAGGUGGCUCUUCGUGGCAAAUGGAUGAAACCUUGUUUCCUGUUUGGUUGGGAGUAUUGUUUAUAUUAUUUGGUGUGAUGUGCAUUAUCUCGGAGAAGUUCCCCAGUCUAUGUCUGGUCAGCAUGAAUGUGAUUCUGGGCAUGACGGGAGUUGCUUUUGCCAUAACAGCCAUCGUACUCUACAGCUUCAACAUGGCAAACAUCGACAUGUGGUGGAUGUGUGAAGAUGACAAUUAUGAAUACAGGUACAAGACAAGAAUGACCACAACGUCUCCUGAGAAGAGCAUCAUCCUGGAGAGAUGCAUGGCGGGCCGAGAUCUGACUCUGAUGGUCUUGAGAGGCAUCAAUGGCGUGUUGAUCGUCCUGUCGGCCCUGGAGCUCUGCGUCGCCCUCAGCUCUGUCGUCCUGGGGAUCAAGGCUCUGAGGAGCAGGGACAAGAGAGAAAAAGAGAACAAAGGAGACCCGGAGCAGCAGAGACCUCUUCUGGAGGAAUUCACCAAGUGAAACUAAAGCCUGAACUAAGACCAGGAAGGUGUCAUAGUUUGCAUUAGCAUCAGUGAUUUAACUCAGCUUAACUUCUUCUCCUUCAAGGUUUGGUUUCAAAUAUUUGCGCUAGCUCUUCACAGUAGUUUUGUUUAUCAUCUAAAAUGUAAAUGCUGCUUUCCAUUUGUGUUUCAGUCGGUUUGGAGGGAAAAGGGAGAUUCGUGCACGUACGUGUCUGCAUGUAGCACCAAUAGACUUAUGUGUUCAUUAAACUUUGUUAGAGAUAAAGGUUUCAAAACUACAGACUGCAGUAUUCCAUUAUAUUCCUGCAGUGAACAGUAUCAUGAAAGCUUCAAGCUUAUGUUUGAGAUGAAGAUGAACACAAACACAAAUAUUUUUUUAAUAGUUUUUCCAUUAGAUACUUUCUGUUUAAGUUGAAGUUUUUCUUAAGAAAUAAACCCAGCUGAUGUGAUCAUGCUUUAAUUUCAUCUGUGGUAGAAUCAAUAUAUUCUUUUUUGUGCUGUACAAUGUGUUGUUACUUUAAAAUCUUACACAGUGGUAGAAAGUACUUUCGGCCCAGAAACUUUGUUUAAGUAUAAUUUUAGUACUUGUACUUUAUUUUACUAUUUCCUUUGCCAGCUGCUUUAUAUUACUACUUCACUAUAUCAGAGUAAAAUGUCCUUUUUACUUGGACUGCUUGUAUUUGACAUUUCAAUAAAAUCAAACCUGACAUA